UGUGAAGAGUGAAGAAGAUGAAGAGAAACCUCAGUCCUCACAGCUUCAUCAAACACAAACAGAACAGAUGGAAACAGAAGCUGAUGGAGAGGACUGUGGAGGACCAGAACCAGACAGGAACUCUGAUCCAGAUCCACAAGUCCAAACGGUGAGAGCGCUGGUGGAGCAGCGACUGACUGCGGCUGCUGAAGAGAUAUUUGGGCCGUUUGCAAGAACGAUAGCGGAGUGUAAGGAGGAACUUCAUCGUUCAAAAGAGAAGAACGAGCGACAACAGAAACUACUGGACGCUAUUUUUAACCCUCAGCCUCACUUACACAGAGCAGAUGUCCAGAAGCUGUUGGUGGUUAAAGAGGAGUUUCCCUCUGAGCAGCAGGAGAGGAGCUGCAGUCUGGACCAGGAGGACCCAGAGCCCCCACACAUUAAAGUGGAACCGGAGGAACCUUGGACCAGUCAGGAGGGAGAGCAGCUUCAGGGGCUGGAGGAGGCUGAUAUCACCAAGUUCACAUUCACUCCUGUCCCUGUGAAGAGUGAAGAAGAUGAAGAGAAACCUCAGUCCUCACAGCUUCAUCAAACACAAACCGAACAGAUGGAAACAGAAGCUGAUGGAGAGGACUGUGGAGGACCAGAACCAGACAGGAGCUCUGAUCCAGAUCCACAUUUACAACCUGAUACUGACAACGAGCCUGCAGACUCUUCUGAACCUGAGACUGAUGACAGUGGUGAUUGGAAGGAGACCAGAGAACCUCAAUCAGGUUUGAACUGUUUGAAAAAAGAUCGUGGUCCUGUCGGAGAUUCCAGAUUUAGUGCUGGUGAGAAACUAUUUAGCUGCUCUGAGUGUGAGAAAAGAUUUGGCUCCAAGCGCAAUCUGGAGAGACACAUGAGACUCCACACAGGAGAGAAACCUUUCAGCUGCUCAGUUUGUAAGAAAACUUUUAAACAGAGUGGAAAUUUAAAGGCACACAUGUGUCUCCACACAGGAGAGAAACUUUUCAGCUGCUCAGUUUGUAAGAAACGUUUUACACAGAGUGGAACUUUAAAGGCACACAUGAGACUCCACACAGGAGAGAAACCUUUCAGCUGCUCAGUUUGUAAGAAAACUUUUACAUGGAGUGGAACUUUAAAGUCACACAUGAGACUCCACACAGGAGAGAAUCUUUUCAGCUGCUCAGUUUGUAAGAAAACUUUUGCACAAAGUGGAACUUUAAAGACACACAUGAGACUCCACACAGGAGAAAAACCUUUCAGCUGCUCAGUUUGUAAGAAAACUUUUACAUGGAGUGGAACUUUACAGAGACACAUGAGACUCCACACAGGAGAGAGACCUUUCACCUGCUCAUUUUGUGGUAAAUGUUUCAACGGAAGUUGGGAUCUGAAGACACACAUGAGAGUUCACACAGGAGAGAGACCUUACAGUUGCCAUAUUUGUAGCAAAGGAUUUGCCCAGAGUUCACAUAUCAAAAAACACAAAUGUGCUGGCGGCUCGUCCUCAAAGUUUCAUCAAGCUGAGGAGAACAAAGAGGCAGAGCCUCUAGACAGCAGCCCACAUGAAGAGAUGCUGACAGAAGCUGAUGGAGAGAGCUGUGGAAGACCAGAAGCAGCCAGCAACUCAAAUCCAGAUGAACCAGAAACUGAUGAGGACACUUGAGAUUCUCCUGAACCUGAGACUAAUGACAGUGGUGAUUGGAAGUAAACUAGCAAAACUCAGUCUGCUGUAAAUCCUUAGUAAAAGGUCCUCAUCAGUGACAAUGAAAGCCUUUUUAUUAACCCCUUGGACCUUUUGGAAGGCGUGGCCGAUUCAGUUUGAAAGCUACAGAGAAGAUCAUCACAUAUUGGUAUGAAACUAGAUGAUCUUAGGGAUCCUUUUCUACAAAAUAUGUCGUGAUCUCUUGUUGGGAAGGGGGUGAAAUUUGAUGUUUAUUUGUCUAUUGAGCAUCUUUAGGUGUUUUAGUAAGAUUUUUUUUUGUUCACAAACUGAUAUUUUAAUUAAAUAUUUGAUCAUAGAAGUGUAACAAUUACAACUCCUUUUUUUUUAACAGCAAAACAAAAUAAAAACAUUCUUAGUUUACCAAAGUUGCCUGAAAGUUGUCCCUGCGUCAGUCUGUGGCACGAGGAUAGGCAUGCUGUGUUUUAAUUUAGGCCAGAAAUUCCUAAACCAGCUAUCCCUGUUAUGUGAUUUCAGAGCCCUGUACUACGAAGCUGGAUUUGAGGGUCAGUGAGUUAACCUGAGGUUUAACCCUGGUUAUCAGUAUCUCCAAGGUGGUUCUCUUUUAACCUUUCUAGGUCACCAUGGUAACUCAUGCUGCGGAGCUAACCUGGGCAGGACCAGGAUUUGUUCUGAGCUUCGGCUUGAAAUUGGCUAGAAAGCCUCUAACUACUUUUAAAACAGUGUCUCACACUAGUCAGCAGUCAAUUUAUGAUUCAUACAGAUUCUCAGCGGUGAGAACUAGAUAUAAAUUCAUAUCUGAUGAGUAGUAACAUUGUAAUAAUGUCACCAAAUGGUACCUUGCAGUUACAGUAGAGUUACUGUAUGUACAGUUAUAGCUACAGUUACAGCAGAGAUACAGUUACAGUACAGUUACUGCUUUUCCUGCAUUGUGCUGGUACCAAAAAUAAAAUGUCCAGCUGAGCUUAAUGACUACAGACCAGUAGCCCUCACAUCUCAUAUCAUGAAGACCUUGAUGCGGCUGAUUGUACGCCUACUGAGAGUUAAGGUCAAAGACAACCUCGAUCCCCUGCAGUUUA